CCGGAGAAUUUUCCUCCACGUCAACAUGAACCAAUCUGAAGCAGGUGACAUCAUGGUGUUCCAUCCAGAGUUUGAAGGUGCGGGUCAGGAGGCGGGGCUUCAGGUGUGGCGGGUGGAGAACAUGGACCUGGUUCUGGUUCCUCCGGGUCGACACGGAUGGUUCUACAGCGGAGACGCCUACCUGGUUCUAAAGAGCACCUCCAACCGCCGUGGAUUCCUGCAGUACGACCUGCAUUACUGGCAAGGUUCAGAGUGUUCUCAGGAUGAGAGCGGGGCGGUGGCCAUUUUUGCUGUCCAGAUGGACGACUUCCUGCAGGGGGCGCCGAUCCAGUACCGAGAAGUCCAGGGUCACGAGUCCAGUACCUUCACCGGUUAUUUCAAAACGGGCCUCAAAUACAUGAAAGGGGGCGUGGCCACAGGAUUUAACCACGUGGAAACCAAUGAGGUGGAGGUACGGAGGCUGCUGCAGGUGAAAGGGAGACGCGUUGUCAGGGCAACGGAGGUUCCUGUAGGCUGGGACAGCUUCAACCAGGCGGAUGGGUUCAUCCUGGACCUAGGACUGGUAAUAAUCCUGUGGUUUGGUUCCCAUAGCAACCGCUUUGAGAGGCUGAAGGCGACCAAGGUAGCUAAAGGUAUCCGUGACGACGAGAGGUGUGGGCGGGCUAAACUCCUGAUCUGUGACGAGGGGGAGGAGCCAGAGGAGAUGCUAGAGGUGCUGGGGGAAAAGCCAGAGCUUCUUGAGUCUCACUGUGAUGACACUAAGAUGGAUGCCGCUAACAGGAAGGUGGCUCGUCUCUACAAGGUGUCUAAUGCAGGCGGGGAAAUGGAGGUUAUCAUGGUAGCAGAGCAGAGUCCGUUCUCCCAGAAUUCUUUGCAUUCCAGCGAGUGUUUCAUCCUCGACAACGGAGCCAACGGACACAUCUUCAUCUGGAAAGGUAAGGAUGCUAACACUGAGGAAUGUAACGCCGUCCUGCAGAACGCAGAGAAGUUCAUCUGCCAGAUGAACUAUCCACCAUACACACAGGUCCAGGUCCUCCCUGAGUCGGGGGAGACGCCGCUCUUCAAGCAGUUCUUUAAAGACUGGAGGGACCCUGAGGACGCCGUUGGCAUGGGAACAGCCUACGUGUCCAAUCAGAUUGCAAAGAUAAAGAAGGUGCCGUUCAACAUGUUGGAGCUCCACCAAUCAGACUGCAUGGCGGCGCAGUACGGCAUGGUGGACGCAGGAGAUGGAGACAAACAGAUCUGGCGUAUCGAAGGGUCCGAUAAGGUUCUGGUGGAUCCAGAACUCUUGGGGCAGUUCUACGAAGGGGACAGUUACAUCAUCCAGUACCGGUACCACCACAGCGUCCGGCAGGGUCACGUGAUCUACAUAUGGCAAGGGGCGGAGUCUAGCCAGGAUGAGGUCGUAGCAUCCGCCCUAUUGGCUGUCCAGCUGGAUGAUGAACUGGGAGGAGGAGCCGUUCAGGUGAGAGUGGUUCAGGGGAAAGAGCCCGCCCACCUCAUGAGCCUGUUUGGUGGGAAACCAAUGGUGGUUCACAGGGGCGGGACAUCUAGAGAGAACGGCCAAUCAGACGUGGCAGACACCCGCCUGUUCCAGGUCCGAGCCAAUCCAGCAGGACACACCAGAGCUGUGGAGGUGGACCCGUCCUCCUCCAGUCUGAACUCCAGUGAUGUCUUCGUCCUUGUCGCCCCUUCUGGAUCCUGGAUGUGGAAGGGGAGGAGUAGCAGCUCGGCUGAAGUCCAGGGAGCUGAACAGCUGACAGAUGUCCUUCAGGUGACCCCCGGCCAGGUGGAGGAGGGGGACGAGGAAGGUGCAUUCUGGGAUGCACUGGGAGGACAGCAGGACUACUGCCAGGUUCCCCGUCAGCAGAACCUCAUGGAGAUCCACCCUCCCCGUCUGUUCGCCUGCUCCAACAAGACCGGGACCUUCCUGAUGGAGGAGGUUCCAGGAGAACUGACACAAGACGACCUCGCUCCCGAUGAUAUCAUGAUCCUGGAUACCUGGGACCAGAUGUUCGUCUGGAUCGGAAACGACGCCCACGAGGAGGAGAAGGCCGAGGCUACAGAGACAGCUGAGCACUACAUCCAGAGCGAUCCGGCUGACAGAGACCCUCAAACCCCGACUGUGACGGUGAAGCAGGGAUUCGAACCUCCGACCUUCACCGGCUGGUUCCUGGGCUGGAACCAUGAGUACUGGACUGAGGACCCACUGGACCGCCUCUGCCAGAAUCUGUAGAACACGUAGCAAGUGUCUGAAUAAAGAAGAGUCUGACAGCGA